GGGGGUAAGAUAAAGUUUACCCAAUCAGAGAAGCAGGAGGAGGACUGGAGGAGUAUCAACCCGUUAAAACUACAAAUUUUUUUAAAAAUUAAAUAAAAAUAAUGGGAGGUGUACCAGACGAGCUAUGGAGACAAAUUCUGGAAAUGGGAAUCCAAAAUUCCAAAUUGAACUACAAAGAUCUGUGUUGCAUCUCAAUUUCCUGUAGACGCCUCCACCGUUUAUCCGCUGAGAACUCUCUUUGGCUCCUCCUCCUCUCCUCCGAUUUCCCUUCUCCAAAUCAACAAAACCCCAACCCCAACAAUUCAACUUCUGCAUCAGCUAAAUCAACUUAUAAAAUCAAGUUUGAGAGGGAGAAAUCGAGGAAGGUUGCGGCGCAUAGAAGGGCGGUGCUUAGAAAGGAGAGUGAGGUUUUGGAGUUCGAAAGGAAAAUAAGAGAAAUUGAGAAUGGAUUGCGUCAAGAGACGGAGAAAAUGAGAGCCACGGCUGCUGAAUUGUCCAAUUUACACAAGGUCAGGCAAGCUUCUGUGGCUCUGAAUGUGUGGCAGCCGGAAGUUAUUAGGGGUAGGCAAAAGCAAAUAGUGGAGCAGAGUGCUGUUCCAGUUGAAUCUCGAGUUCAUUCACUUGAGAUGGAACUUAAGCUUUGCAGGCAACGGAUAUCAGGCUUUGAUAAGGCUUAUAGAGAUGAGAAGCGGAGACUUGAGUUGGCAAUGGAACAGUUGGCGUCCAUGAAAUAUCAUCCAUUACGAGAUCAUAAGUUGAUAAGUAGUGGUGACAAGGAAUAUAAAAAAAAGAGGAAGAAGUUGAAAACAUCUGUUAUCUGACUUGCUUGUAAAACAAUCUCUAAGUGCCUUGUUAACUGUUUCUCCAGUUCCUGAAAAGCAAGGGUAAAACGUCAAAGCAGUGGAGGCUUUCACAAACAACCAACAGCCUGGCUGGUACUGCCAUGGAAAAAUCUCUAUUUGGUACAGUCCUCUGUCUUCUCCUUGAUAGAGUUACAGAACUGGAUUCUCUACUGGGCUCUUGACAAGCUUUGCUACAGGAGAUGUUGAGUGGGGGACUUGAUCCUUAGUCCAUGAGAAUGGGAAAUCGUUGUAGAAACCGAUUAGGGUUUCAUAUAUUAAGUUAACAUUACAUGGUGUUAUCAUCUGUAUGUACAUGACUCAACCUGUUGUCUGGGCCAUGCUAGAUUUUAUUUUUGGUCACAAGGUUGGGUCGUUUAUUGAUACUCCAUGAAAGGAACAAUGUUAGAGGAUGUGGAUUUCUUGAA